AUGUGCGGAAUCACGGCGGCUAUCACACUCCAGCGGAGCUGUUCCAUCAUCAGGAACAGUGAAAGCAAUGGAACAAACGGAAUCAGAAGCAAAGCCAAGAAUGGCCCAGAAGAGCAUGCAAUUCUCCGCCAGGAGUUUCAACAAAGUCUUGAAGCCAUCGCUCACCGUGGUCCAGAUGCCUCGGGUGUCUGGAUCAGUGACGAUACGACAGUUGGUCUCGGCCACUGCCGAUUAGCAAUCAACGACCUUUCUCCAGAUGGAGAACAGCCAUUACACAGUGAUGAUGGCAAUAUCCAUGCUGUGGUCAACGGAGAGAUUUAUGACCACGAUGCGAUGAGAGAGAGAUGUAUAAAGGAGCACAACUAUCGCUUCAAGGGCCACUGUGACAGUGAGGUCCUAGUUGCUCUUUACAAGAUCUAUGGGGCCCCGGGCUUUUUCAAGCACCUCCGCGGCGAGUUCUCCUUCGUCAUCUACGAUGAGGACAAGGAUCUGGUCAUCGUUGCCAGGGACCGCUUUGGUAUCAAGCCAAUGUUCUGGACUUUGCAGGAGCAAGGGAGCGGUGGCAGAACGCGGAUGCUAUUGGCCUCAGAAAUGAAGGGAUUCAGAGCCUUCGGCUGGGAGCCGGAGUGGAACGUCUACGGCUUGCUCAGUGGAUCGUCGAUGCAAGCCGACAGCACAGUGUUCAAGGACGUUCGCAAGCUGGAACCCGGGAGCUGGAUGGAAAUCAGGGAUGGAGAAAUAAAGCAUCGCCAAUACUGGGAUCCUGAGUACAAAGACAAGGCAAAGGUAGAGACGCGGAGCGCAGAGGAGAUGAUCGAGGGAGUGAGGGAGCGCCUGGUAGAAGCAGUGAAGCUUCGACUCCGUGCCGAUGUUCCCGUGGGAAUUUACCUGUCUGGAGGUAUCGAUUCAUCAGUCAUCGCAGGUAUUGUGACACAACUUGUAAAGGAGCAAGGUAUUGAGCUGGGCAGCCAAGACGCCACGAAGCGCAUCAAAUGUUUCACGAUCCAGUUCCCAGAAUCCUCGGGCUUUAACGAAGCUGAUAUUGCUGAACGCUCAGCUGAGUUUCUCGGUGUGCAGAUCCUCAAGAAGGACAUGAACGAGACUGAACUCGCCGACAACUUUGCAGAUGCAGUCUUCCAUACCGAGCACCACAACUUCGACUUGAAUAGUGUAGGAAAAUUUUGCCUCUCCUCGCUACCCCAGAGACACGGUGUGCCCGUCGUUCUCACUGGUGAAGGCGCCGACGAGCACUUUGCGGGCUAUCCCUUCGUAUUGCCGGCCUUCCUCAUGGAACCCGAUCUCGCAUGGCCCCAGUCCGAUAUGACGGACGGGGUCCGCAUACCCAUGUUCAAGGAGAUGACAGACGACCUCAAGGCCAUGUUUGACAGGAUCGGCAUGUUCGAGGACGAGUCCUCCUCGGGCGCUGCUCCGAGCAACUCGAUGCGGCUGGAGCCCGAGUGGAACGCGUUCUCUCCCUGGGUGCGGGAGACGUACAAGACACCCGGCUCGGCCGAAUCCACACUCGCGCCCGAGGUCCUCGAGAAAAUGAUUGAGAAGUGGCACUCGCUACACACGAGUCUCUACGUUUACACCAAGGGUCCGCUCGCCAACAUGAUCCUGACCUGCCUGGGCGACCGUACGGAGAUGGCGCACAGCAUCGAGGCCCGGCCGCCCUUUUUGGACCACCAUCUCGUCGAGUACGUGAACAACUUGCCGCCCAGCGUCAAGGUCGCGUACCAGGAGGCCGCCGGAGAGGCCGCCGGGACGGGUACCGCCGGCACCGGCGCGAGUCUGUGGUGGAAGGACUUGAGCCCGGCGCGUCAGAAGCUGAGCGAGAAGUGGAUUCUCAAAGAAGCCGGUAAGCCCUUCAUCACGCAGGAGCUCUACGAGCGGAGGAAGCAUCCCUACUCGGCACCGGUCAAGUGGCCGCGCGGCGGCCCCGUGUAUUAUAUGAUUGAGGGGCUGGUUACGCGCGAGAACAUUGAGAACCUGGGUUUCAUGGAGUGGGAUAACGUAAAGAGGUGGCUCGAUGAGGGCUUUGGAGAGGAUGCAAGCCCCAGGGCAUUCCGCAAAUUGAUUUGCAUCGCUUCCUGGGUUGUUCUCAGCCAAAGGUUCGGGGUGAAGAAGGCGGCCGUGGAACAGUGGUCAGUGAGUGCGUGA